AGGAAAUAAAAUUAUAGUUUCUUCCUUGUUCUUUCAAUGGAAGCUUUAUGCUAGGAUAACGUUCCCUCCGCUGCAAUAUUCAGUAACCGCGGCCAUUACAGGACUGUCAUCCAUGGCUUCUUCCACAAUUUUUCUUCACAGUUCUCCUCCCACUUACCUCUCCAAUUUUCAGAUUUGCAAUUUAAACAAACCCAAAUCUACCAGAAAGUGGAAUUCUGGAUAUUCAUUGAAACCCAUCAAAGCAACUUUGGUUGAGACUUCUUCAUUUCCUCUAUUUCAACCUCCCCAAGUCGAUGAAUCUCCUUCUGAGAUGGGUUUAGUAGACCCGGAUUUCUAUAAGAUUGGAUAUGUCCGUAGUUUUAGAGCUUAUGGUGUUGAAUUUAGAGAAGGCCCUCAAGGGUUUGGUGUCUUUGCUUCUAAAGAUAUUGAACCUCGUCGACGUGCUCGGAUGAUUAUGGAGAUUCCAUUGGAACUUAUGUUAACAAUUAGCAAAAAGGUUCCGUGGAUGUUCUUUCCAGAUAUUGUGCCAGUAGGCCAUCCUAUAUUUGAUAUUAUAAAUUCCACUGAUGCCAAGAUGGAUUGGGAUUUGAGAUUGGCAUGCCUUCUUUUGCUUGCAUUUGAUCAGGAGGACAACUUCUGGCAAUUAUAUGGUGAUUUUUUGCCUAGUGCUGAGGAGUGUACUAGUUUACUUCUAGCAAUGGAGGAGGAUCUUUUGGAGUUGCAGGACCAAAGUUUGGAGUUAACAAUGAGAAAACAGCAACGUCGUUGCCUAGAAUUUUGGGAAAAGAAUUGGCACUCUGCUGCGCCUCUCAAAGUAAAGCGUUUGGCGCCUGAUGCUAAGAGAUUCAUGUGGGCAGUUAGUAUCGCCCAAACACGUUGCAUAAAUUUGCGGAUGAGGGUUGGUGCUCUGGUUCAGGAUGCAAAUAUGUUGGUUCCUUACGCUGACAUGUUAAACCAUUCGUUUCAGCCAAAUUGUUUUUUUCAUUGGCGAUUUAAAGACCGGAUGCUUGAGGUUAUGAUAAAUCCUGGAACAAGGAUAGAAAAGGGGGAAGAGAUGACCGUGAACUAUGUGAGUGGACAGCAGAACAAUAUGCUUAUGCAAAGAUAUGGAUUCUCCUCCGCUGUGAACCCUUGGAAUGCCUUACCCUUUUCUGAUGAACCUCAGAUACAUCUGGAUACGUUCUUGUCUAUCUUCAAUAUUACUGGUCUUCAAGAAGAAUAUUAUCAUAAUAGUCAAUUAGCAAAAGACGGCGAUACUUUUGUUGAUGGAGCAGUCAUAGCUGCAGCCAGAACGUUGCCAACAUGGACAAAUGGAGAUGUACCUAUAAUUCCUAGUCUCGAAAGAAAGGCCGCAAAAGAGCUUCAGGAACAAUGCCAAGAAAUUCUUGCCAAAUUCCCCACAACAUCGAAGCAGGAUCAGCAGAUUCUAGAUGCUACCGUAGAUCCUCGGAGAACAUUGGAAGCUGCAAUCAAGUACCGCUUGCACCAAAAACUGUUUAUAGAGAAAGUCAUUGAUGCUUUAGAGAUUUACCAGGACAAAAUUUUAUUCUAAGUUGUCUUCAAAACGAUGCCGAUUUUUGAGUAGACGCUUCUAAUGUGAACAAAAGUUUGGCGUGGAUCCGAGUAAGCUUUUACCAUGCUCAAUCAGUAUAGAAAAAAGAGGGCAAACCCUCAAAACGCUCGAGAAUAUCACCUUAAAACUCAAUGCUAGGACCUUUGAGACCUAUGAAAAGGAGUUAAGUUCGAUAUUGAUGGAAUGAAGAUAUGUUAUUCCGAUGCUAUACUUAGAAAGAAACCGUGCUUGGGCAUGGCACGAGGCAAUUUGCAUAUGAAUCAGCAUCUCAUGAUUGCGAGUGUCUCGUAUCCUGAUCCGCUUUGGUUUUGAUAGACCUGUUUGUUCUUCUCUUUGUAUAUUGAUUUAAAGACAACGCUUUUACAUGCAUUGCUGCUAAGAGGUAAAGUACAUCAAGUAGUUCAUCAUGUUUGUUUAUAGGCUCUUAAUAUUUUCACCCUCUACAAACUUUUGUAGUACAUUGAUUGAUUAGACUAUUUUCUGAAUCUAACAUGGGUUGUAUUCAAAGGGAUAAAUUUUGAUAUUAUUGAAUUGACCCAGAAUCUAAUUUUA